UCUGUUUUGUGCCAAAUUAAAAACAAACCAGGUAAUCAUGGCGGAAGAGACUGUAGUUCUUAUUUUAUUGGUGAUAGUGAUGCUCGUUGGCUCUUAUCUGGCUGGAAGCAUACCAAUGCUGAUGAAAUUAAGCGAGGAGAAGUUGAAGUGUGUCACUGUGCUUGGCGCUGGUUUAUUGGUGGGUACUGCUUUAGCUGUAAUUAUACCAGAAGGUAUUCGUUCAUUGUAUAUGGAUAGUGAACGAACGACAGAGUUGACGCCAGGUCCUAAACCUCAAGACUACUCGCAAACUAUAGGACUUUCCCUCGUGCUUGGUUUUGUCUUCAUGAUGCUGGUUGACGUUUCUCAACGGAGGAGCAAUAUCGGUAGUGACGAGAAAAAUACUGCCACACUCACGCUUGGCUUAGUGGUACAUGCUGCAGCUGAUGGAAUUGCGUUAGGGGCUGCUGCAACAACGAGUCAUCAGGACGUUGAAAUAAUAGUUUUUCUCGCCAUUAUGUUACACAAGGCACCUGCAGCAUUUGGAUUGGUUAGCUUUUUGUUGCAUGAGAAAGUCGAGCGACAACAAAUUCGUAGACAUUUGGCACUUUUUUCCUUAUCAGCUCCACUACUGACGAUUUUAACGUAUUUCGGGAUUGGUCAGGAGCAAAAGGAGACUUUGAAUUCAGUGAAUGCUACUGGGAUAGCUAUGCUAUUUUCAGCCGGAACUUUUUUGUAUGUUGCCACUGUGCAUGUUCUCCCAGAGCUUACACAAGGUGGGCAUCAUCAUCAUAAAGGUACCGCUUCCCCUCAGUAUGAGUAUCGGGUAUUAGAGGAAUCUCGAGAUGUCGGCACUAUUGACAUGAACGGUAUUGCUGCCGCGAGUAACUCUCAGAGUCAUAGUAUACAGGCUUUACGAUACAGUGAGCUAGUAAUUAUGAUAUGUGGUGCGCUGCUACCGCUUAUCAUAACAUUUGGACAUAAGCAUUAGAAUAAGCAUACGUACACUGUCGUACAUUCCUGUCGUUCGCGCGUUAGUGUAUAGAAUCUAUGGGCUUACAUGCAAUUCAAUAAAUUUCACUUGUUGCCCAUAGUUGGGCACAGUUAAUACAGUUCAAAAAAGAUGAUAUAUACUGUAACGUUUGUAAUUUCAAAGAUUAAUAAAUAUGAAUUUUCAGUACAUGUAUUUCAAGUACUGUAAAAGUGGCA